AUAGUGACGAAACGAAAAUGCCGAGACAUUAUAUUUUUAAUAUUAUUUAUUCUGUACUGGAUUGGUAUGGCUUUUGUUGCUCAAAGUGCUAUUUCAUCUGGCGAUCCUCGUCGCCUUUUAACUCCUACCGACUACCUUGGCGAGUUCUGUGGAAUGAACAAUACCGUUUUAAAUGCAUCUCUUUCUGACCUAUCCACAAAGCCAUAUCUUUACUACCUUAAUCCAGUGGAAUUAAAUUAUGCCGUAUGCAUUGCAUCAUGUCCUAAUAUCACGAUUGCAACUGUAACUCCCAGUACUGGUAUCUGCAUAUAUAGUGCUACUCCGUCGAUUCUUAACUACACCUCAUACAUGUCAGAUCAAACAUGCAGUUCAUACAUAUACAAAUCAACUCCUGUACUAGGCAGAUGUGUUCCGAUUGAGCCUAUUCCUUCCGUGUAUGUCAAUCAAACUUUUACUGCAGGAAACGCGACCAUCAGUACCAACGCUAUCCUAACAGCUGGUAGAAGCUAUGCUGUGCAAGCCGUUACAGAUUUGUGGUCUACAUGGCCAGUUAUUGCUACAUUUAUUGCGAUUGCUUUAGUUUUGUGCUUUUUAUGGCUAAUUUUCAUGCAGUGGAUGGCAGGCAUCUUUGUAUGGACAGUCAUUUUACUUUCCAAUGUAAUAAUGAUUGGCGUUUCAGUGUGGCUGUAUUACUACUGGCAAGGAAGACUCAAAGAUUAUAACAACAGUGGAUCAUCCAGUUCUAAUAGCACAACUAGUUACUCGAUUGGUGGCCAGAUUUUAUCAGCUAAAAAUGAAGUAGUGGCAUCCGAAGUCAUCUUUAUUGUGUGCGCAGUAGUUGCCGGUCUACUACUUUUAAUUACUAUUGCCAUCUUUAAGCGAGUUCGAAUUGCAAUCCAAAUCAUCAAGGAAUCAAGCAGAGCAUUGCUUACUAUGCCUUUGAUUGUUUUAUUCCCAAUGUGGAUCUACUCUGGACUUAUUUUGCUGGUUGUGUACUUUAUUGGAGUCAUGCUUUACCUUUUGACGCCAUCUGGCCCAGUCAGAAUUUCUGCGUUUGGAUUGACAAUUACAGAUCCAAAUAUCAGCAAUCAAAUGAUCUGGUAUCAUCUUGGAGGAUGUAUCUGGUUUUUUACUUUUCUUAGCGGAAUCAAUCAGAUCACUCUUGCAGGUGCAAUUGCUCAGUGGUACUGGACUUUAAAUAAGAAAGAGUUGCAGCACUUGCCAGUCCUACAUUCGUUUUACCGUGUAUGCAGAUAUCAUUUGGGAUCGGUAGCUUUGGGAUCGUUUCUUCUUACCCUGAUUGAAAUGGUGCGAAUUGUUCUUUGGUACAUCCAGCGUCAAGCACAAAAAACUCACAAUCAAACCAUUCAAUAUAUCGUUGCAUGCCUCCAAUGCUGUAUGAAAUGCGUCGAAAUGCUCAUGAAAUUCAUCAACAAAAAUGCUUAUAUUUACAUUGCAAUCAAGGGAAAAGCAUUUUUCAAGUCUGCAGCAGAGGCAUCAUCGCUAUUGCUUCGUAAUGCGCUAAGAUUGGUUGCUGUGGAUUUUGUUGCCGAUUUUAUUUUAAUUAUUUCGAAACUAGGUGUAACUACAUUGUGUGGAUUUCUUUGCUACCUAUGGUUCAGCUACCAGGCUGCUCAAUACACCAAUGUCAAGUUUCCCUUCAUUACAGUUAUGGUCGUGGUUGUAGAAGCGUACAUGGUCGCGACAGCUUUCUUCUCUAUUUAUCAUAUGGCGAUUGAUACUAUUUUCUUGUCCUUUUUGGAAGACUGUGAAACCAAUGAUGGUUCACCAGAAAAGCCUUAUUAUAUGAGCGACACCCUGAAGCGGAUUGUU